CGGGAUGUUUUGCUAGCAGUUAGCCGCCUGGCUAACCUUGUCGAAGCUGACUUAAUUUGGGGCAAAUUUCGCUAUUUUACAAGCUUGUAUUCUUUUAUUUUUAAAUUAUUUUUUUUUGUGCGUGUAACUUGUGAUGCAAAUUUGAACGUUCGGCUCCUUCGUCGACAACAAAGGGAGAAGAUGAACGGAAGUACGAACCCGUUGCUGGACAAAGAAGAACAUGUUUUGAAGCUCGGGGAAAGCUUCGAGAAAACACCAAAGUCCUCCUUUCACACCAUCAGAUAUGAUUUCAAACCGGCAUCCAUCGACACGAGCUGUGAAGGAGAGCUACACGUGGGCAAAGGAGACGAAGUCACUAUCACACUGCCCCACAUUCCGGGCUCCACGCCGCCCAUGACGGUGUUCAAAGGCAACAAGCGACAGUACCAGAAGGACUGCGUGCUCAUCAUCAAUCACGACACGGGCAGCUUCGUCCUGGAGAAGCUCAGCAGCAGCAUCCAGGUCAAGAAAACCAGGGCGGAAGGCAGCAGUAAGAUCCAAGCACGCAUCGAGCAGCAGGCAGUGCGGAGCAACCAGCCGGGACCUCAGUUCCGGGCCCCCACCAAGCCGGGCGUCGCCGCCAAGACGUCGCCCUCCAAGGACAACCCCUCGCCCGAACCGCAGCUGGAUGACAUCAAGAGAGAGCUGCGUGCCGAAGUGGACGUGAUCGAGCAGAUGAGCAGCAGCGGAAGCAGCGGCUCAGACAGCGCGUCGCCCAGCGCGGGCGACAGCAGCGACGACGGCGGCGCAGGGGGUGCCGGUGAGCGCGACGGCGCCCGCCCGCCGGGCCCCGUCUCCACUCCGCCCCCCGGCCGCCACGCCCUCGCCAACGGGGGUCCCGAGCGGCAGCCGCCCGCCAACCACCAGCUCAUCAACACGCUCAGAAGUGAUCUUCAGCUCAGCGAGUCGGGCAGCGACAGCGACGACCACUGAACCGGUCAGCCGCCGACGGAUGAACCGCACCCACCGACGCUGGCCUAACUGUACCUUUUUGUUGUUGUUGUUAGUUUUAUGGGUUCCCCACGCACAGGGGAAGACGAAGAGUGUAUUUUUUUUCCAAAUGAUGUCACAUAUUUAAUUUUGUACAAGAGAAAAGACUUUAUUGAUGGAAAAUUCUAUACCAGAGCGUGAUUUAUUUUCGAUACUUUUGUUCUUUUGUUGUAAAGCUACAUCCUAGUCCUUUUAACAAAAAUAAACUUUAGAGAUGGACAAUAAGGUUUACGGUAAUGUUUAAGGACACCAGUCCAAACAUGUUAACCACUGUGUUUACGAAGAAAACAUUUUUUUUUUUUAAAUUGAUAAGAUUUUUCCUACUCGAGUCACAAACCAAGUCAGAACUAUGUGAAAAAGCAAUCAAACCAUGUCAAAUACUGUAAUGGAAAAUAAACUAGCAAAGUGUAAAAAAUUAUUAUUAUUGUUGUUUUUAAAAAGACCAGUCAUGAGACAAAACAAGUCAAACAGGGUUUAUUUUAAAAGUCAGUGACAUUAUCAAUUAGUGUUUUAAAUGGAUUUUGACAUCUAUAAAAAAUGAUAUUCAGGAAUCUUGCCCUCAGGAGACUAUUAGCUACAAAACGGUCAGUGACAUGAUAAAAUUAGCAGUUUAAAGGAAAUUUGAAGUCUUUGUCAUUAUAUAUAUAUAUAUACCUGAUUUUUAGCCUCAGGAAAGACUGUUAGCGACAAAAACAUUGAAUUUAAAACUUUUUUUACUUUAAAAGUAAAUUUUCACAAUUAUAAAGUAAAAAUGACAUACAUGAGGGCGGCACGGUGGCCGACUGGUUAGAGCGUCAGCCUCACAGUUCUGAGGACCCGGGUUCAAUCCCCGGCCCCCGCCUGUGUGGAGUUUGCAUGUUCUCCCUGUGCCUGUGUGGGUUUUCUCCGGGCACUCCGGUUUCCUCCCACAUCCCAAAAACAUGCAUGAAUUGGAGACUCUAAAUUGCCCGUAGGCAUGACUGUGAGUGUGAAUGGUUGUUUGUUUCUAUGUGCCCUGUGAUUGGCUGGCAACCAGUUCAGCUGCCCGAUGACAGCUGGGAUAGGCUCCAGCAUGCCCGCGACCCUAGUGAGGAGAAGCGGCUCAGAGGAUGGAUGGAUGGCCAAACAUGAGCUAGUCAGACAUUUGCAGCCCCAGAAGGCACAGCUGCAAAAAGGUUCAUUUGAAUCACAGUCAGUCGCAUGAUUAAAUGAGUUGUUUUAAAAAAAAAAAAAAAAGAUCUGAUUGUCAUGCUGACAAGAGCAGUUGCGUUACUGCUUUUUCGGGGUCCUGUUUCUUGUUAUGAGUUGUGCGUUUGGACUCUAAAGUAUUUUUGGUAUUUCUAUUUUGGUGGUGAUUUUGUAUGAAAUUGCAGCAGAGAUGAUCCCAGUGUUGCCACUUCAGCUUCUUGGUGUUGUACAUAAGUCUGUGUUCAAAUAAAAUGUGCGGAAAGA